AUAGCGCUUAAGUUCUGUGUGACCUACAAGGACUACAAAUCCCGACAUCCAGUGCGGCGCGUCCUCUCACUUCCGGGUGAGUCAAGAUGGCGGUGAUCUCGAAAGUGGCGGCAUUCCUGAAAAAUGCCUGGAACAAAGAACCCGUCCUAACCGUGUCUGCUGGCAUUGGAAUAUUGGCUGUUCUACUUCCCAUAGUCAGUCCUUACAAGAAAUAUGCUUCAAUGUACAACGAGGCUGUGCCGUACACUUAUCCAGUUCCAGUUCGAGAUGAUGGAAACAUGCCUGAUAUCCCCAGUCAUCCCACUGACAAGAUUGGGCCCAACUUGGAUUGGUUGAAGAAUUUGUAACCAUAUAGACAUAAUCAGAAUUUGUCCUAUCUGAAGACCGCUGUAGACUGCUACCAAAGUUCCUUUUAUUGUGCUCUUUGUCUUCAUUUUGUAACGAGGCAGUUGGGUUAUUAUGUUGUAAGAAAAUAAAUUAUUCUCUUUAAAAUGAAAA